AUGUCGAUGAUCGAGAUGGAGGAAUCGAAGACAUCGACGAUGAAUCUCUUGGACGUGUGCGCGCUGAUGUCGCGAUCGAGAUCCGUCGUGGUUGUGUUGAAAAAUGGAGUCAUCUCAGAGGUCGUCACAAAGUUUGAUGUCUGCCGGUUUCUCGCCGAGAAGAUGGCCGUCCUGGGCGAGGUCGCGAACGUUCCAGCGGCGUCCAUCUUCGAGAGUAAACGUAUCGUCUCAGAGCUUUUCACCGUCACGGCUCAACGAUGCGUCGAGCGCAUGCUCGCAGCGGAUGUCAGCGCCAUCGCGCUCGCCGACGAACGCGUCGCGCCGACGGAAUACAUCGGAUGCUUUUCCUUCAACGACUUCCGUCGAAUCGACACUCCGCGGGAUUUGUCCGCGAUGCGCUCGAUGUCCGUGAUAGAAUUCGUCUCUCGCAAGCGCGUGGACACCUUCGUCGACGGUGGCGGUUCCGCAAUUCCGUUCGAAAGUGGCCGCUUCGAUCAGCUCACGCAUCACUACAUCGAAUUGGUGUACAUCAAGAGCGACGCGACGCUCUCAGAGUUGCUCACCGAGUUCGCCGAGCGUGGCAUUCAUCACGUCUUCAUUCUCGCGUGCUCGAAACCGGCGUGUUCGGAAUCACCGGACGCGUACGGCGUCGUCACGCCGACCGACGUCGUCGCGCGCCUCGCCCCGAGAUGA